GAAGUAGCCCAUUGAGACUGGGGGAGUGGGAGGCUUGAAACGGGCUGCGGAGGGAUCGCGCUGACCGCAGGCUAGCCGCUAUAAACUAUAACCGUUGGGGCUCGGGGGGGAGUCAGCCGUUGUUGCUCCAGCACCGGGUGGGUGUCGGGGGUCAAGUAGAGUCCAAGGUGGAAGGCGAUUAAGGAUUGUUGGGAAGAGGGACUUCUGCUGGUGAGGAUGGUUUGCCACUUACGAAUUACACAUUUUCAGAAAAAAUGAGUGGACGUGCACGAGCCAGAGCAAGAGGAAGGGCUCGAGGUCAGGAAACAUCACAACUUGUGGGACCUGUUGCAAGUCAGCAGCCUGGAUAUUUGAAGCCAAGACCUCAGCAACCAACCUCUGAAGGUGAACUUGUUGGGCGGGGACGACAGAGAGGAGCACUAGGAGCAACCAAAUCUCAAGAGCUUCAGAUUUCAGCUGGAUUCCAGGAGCUAUCUUUGGGGGAGAGAGGAGGCCGUCGAAGAGAUUUUCAUGACCUUGGGGUGAAUACCAGACAGAACUUAGAACAUGUUAAAGAGUCAAAAACAGGUUCUUCAGGCAUUGUAGUAAGAUUAAGUACAAACCACUUUCGACUGACAUCUCGUCCUCAGUGGGCUUUGUAUCAGUACCAUGUUGAUUAUAACCCACAAAUGGAAGCCAGAAGACUCCGUUCAGCUUUACUUUUUCAACAUGAAGAACUAAUAGGAAGGUGUCAUGCUUUUGAUGGAACAAUAUUAUUUCUACCCAAAAGACUACAGAAUAAGGUUACAGAAGUGUUUAGUCAGACUCGGAAUGGAGAAACUGUGAAGAUAACAAUCACUUUAACAAAUGAACUUCCACCUACUUCACCAACUUGUUUACAGUUUUAUAAUAUUAUUUUCAGAAGGCUUUUGAAGAUCAUGAAUUUGCAACAAAUUGGACGUAAUUAUUAUAAUCCAAGUGACCCGAUCAAUAUCCCAAAUCAUAGAUUGGUGAUUUGGCCAGGAUUCACCACCUCUAUUCUUCAAUAUGAGAAUAACAUUAUGCUUUGCACUGAUGUAAGCCAUAAAGUUCUUCGAAGUGAAACUGUUUUAGAUUUUAUGUUCAGCCUGUAUCAACAGUUUGGUGAACAUCGAUUUCAAGAACAAGUCUCUAAAGAAUUAAUAGGAUUAAUCGUUCUUACCAAGUACAACAAUAAAACCUAUAGAGUAGAUGAUAUUGACUGGGAGCAAAAUCCAAGAAGCACCUUUAAAAAAGCAGAUGGCUCUGAAAUCAGCUUUUUAGACUACUACAGAAAGCAAUAUAACACAGAAAUCACUGACUUAAAACAACCAGUUUUGGUCAGCCAGCCUAAACGGAGGAGGGGCCCUGGUGGUGUAUUACCAGGACCUGCUUUGCUCAUGCCUGAACUCUGCUUCCUCACAGGUCUAACUGAUAAAAUGCGCAAUGAUUUUAAUGUGAUGAAAGAUUUAGCUGUUCAUACAAGAUUGACACCAGAACAAAGGCAACGUGAAGUUGGAAGACUCAUUGACUAUAUUCACAAAGAUGAUAAUGUUCAGAAGGAGCUUCGUGACUGGGGUUUGAGUUUUGACUCCAACUUACUGUCAUUCUCAGGAAGAAUAUUGCAAGCAGAAAAGAUUCACCAAGGAGGAAAAACAUUUGACUACAAUCCACAAUUUGCAGAUUGGUCAAAAGAAACAAGAGGUGCUCCAUUAAUUAGUGUCAAACCACUAGAUAAUUGGUUAUUGAUUUAUACUCGAAGAAAUUAUGAGGCUGCCAAUUCACUAAUACAAAACUUAUUUAAAGUUACACCUGCCAUGGGCAUACAAAUGAAAAAAGCAAUAAUGAUUGAAGUGGAUGAUAGAACUGAAGCCUAUCUUAGAGUCUUGCAGCAAAAGGUUACAUCAGAUACUCAGAUUGUAGUUUGUCUGUUGUCUAGUAAUCGGAAAGACAAGUACGAUGCUAUUAAAAAAUACUUGUGUACAGACUGUCCAACUCCAAGUCAAUGUGUGAUAGCAAGAACCUUAGGCAAGCAACAAACUGUAAUGGCCAUUGCUACAAAGAUUGCCCUUCAGAUGAAUUGCAAGAUGGGAGGAGAACUUUGGAGGGUUGAUAUGCCUUUAAAGCUAGCCAUGAUUAUUGGUAUUGAUUGUUACCAUGACACUACAGCUGGGCGAAGGUCAAUUGCAGGAUUUGUUGCUAGUAUCAAUGAAGGAAUGACACGCUGGUUUUCUCGCUGUGUCUUUCAAGAUAGAGGGCAAGAACUAGUAGAUGGUCUCAAAGUCUGCUUGCAAGCUGCAUUGAGGGCCUGGAACAGCUACAAUGAAUAUAUGCCUAGUCGCAUUGUUGUAUAUCGGGAUGGUGUAGGUGAUGGACAAUUAAAAACAUUGGUUAACUAUGAAGUACCACAGUUUUUGGACUGCCUAAAAUCUGUUGGUAAAGGAUACAACCCAAGAUUAACAGUAAUAGUGGUGAAGAAACGAGUGAAUGCCAGAUUUUUUGCACAGUCUGGAGGAAGACUUCAAAAUCCACUUCCUGGAACAGUUAUUGAUGUGGAAGUUACUAGACCGGAAUGGUAUGACUUUUUUAUUGUGAGCCAGGCUGUAAGAAGUGGUAGUGUUUCUCCUACACAUUACAAUGUAAUCUAUGACAAUAGUGGCCUGAAACCAGACCAUAUACAACGAUUAACUUACAAGCUCUGCCAUGUGUAUUAUAACUGGCCAGGUGUCAUUCGAGUUCCAGCUCCCUGCCAGUAUGCUCACAAACUGGCUUUCCUUGUUGGCCAAAGUAUUCACAAAGAACCUAAUCUGUCUCUGUCAAAUCGUCUUUAUUACCUCUGAAUUAUAGAAGAACACAGAAAGUAGUAUAGAAGACUAGCUUCAUAGAUUUUUUUUUUCCUUUUUGCAAAUGGAGCUUUCAGAAGUCUUCCUAGAUGCAGCAUUUUCCCCCCUUAACAACUGUAACAUGGAAAGGGAGAUAAGAAAUUUGAGUUCUGUUGUCAACUCUGCUAUUGACUUAUUGUGUGAAUAUGCAAGUGACUCAUUUUACAGAUGGGGAAACUGAAGGAAGAACAGUUAUCUUGCUUUUUUACCUCUCACAAGAAUGUUAUAGUGGUUUCGUGAUAAAAUUGUAGAUACCGCACUUGAAGCACCAAACAAAAAGGCUAUUUGGGAAAACAUUGGGCAUUACUCAUGUUAGAUUAUUUCUGGAAACAAUUGACAUAAUUGUAAAUUAUAUAGUUUUUUUUAAAAUUGGUAUUGGGAAUGCCGAUAUUGUGGGGCAGUUUUAUUUUGUGUUUUUUUUUAAAACCUCCUUUAUGCUAAAGAUAUGAUUUGCCAUUUAAAGAUAAAAGCUAUACAAGAUGGGGAGAAGCUAGAAAGAGCAAACUGACAUUUUCAAGUUGGAAGCUUCUAGUGAUAGAAACAGUUUGGUGCCUUUCCACCAAUGGAAUAAAUCAAGGGCUAUAUUGGCAUAAUUCAUGUUUUUUUCCCCGUCAUUCAAAGUGUUUUUGAAGAUUUUGAAAUGUGACAUUCUGUUAGCUAUAUUAUGUUCUGACAAAGUACUAAAAGCAGAAGAGAACAUUACAAGUCUAUUUAGUUGAAUUCAGAACUUUUUUUUUAAAUUAGAAAGUAUAUUCAUUCCUUAUUUUCUGAGUUCAUGUUGAAAUAUUCUGCCCAGAAGAAAAUUCUCCAUGUCCUAAUUUUUUCUUACCACUUAACCUAAGGAAUAGGUUGGGUGUAUAAGAAAAACAAAACCAAGAAUGAGAGCAUCUAUCCAAAAGGAAUGUUCAAGUCUAUUUUUUUCUAUCCACCCAAAGAAAAGAGGAAAAGACAACUUAAUUUUAACUUUAAAUAUGAUCAGGUUGAAAUUAGAUGUGUUUUUCUUAACUUGGUGACUUGACAUAUCAAUUUAUAGAAAUAAUUUCUUAAAGGAAGCAGACAAAAGAGCAGUUAAAUAGCUACUAAAUAUUUGAAGAAUUAGUGCAGGUUGAAAUCAACAACUGUUCUUUCAAUGUAAAUGCCAUUUCAGCAUUGCUAUUCAAUAUGGACAGUAGAUACUGUAAAUUUAAAUUGAUGUAGUUUGUUUUAAAAUAUAUGUUAUUAUUAUAUUUGUAUCUUAUUGUAAGUGUUAGUUAUACCUUCUGAACCUGUUAGAAAGUUUUAUUUUAAAAUUCUCAAAGCCAAUCUCAAUCAGCAACACUUUUUUUUUGAGCCGCUUGCUCAUGUCUAAUUUCCUUCCCUCAAGAAUUUUGGAAAAUAAGAAAAAGAAGCAGUACUUUGUGAAACUCUAGAAGGAAAAUUGAUGCCCCAAAGCCCCAGAUGUAAAAGAUGCUAAAGUUUAUCACAAUAUUAGAAGAGUAUGUUUGUGAGAGAAACUAACUUGCAAAUUGUUGUCAAGGGAUGGAAUAAAUUGUUGUCAAGGGAUGGGAUAAGUUUUGUCAGCUUGUAAGCUCCAACAGGGCAGGAACUAUGUCUUAAUUUUUUGUUUCUCCCCCAUAGCACCUGCACAGUGCUUUGAACAUAGUAGGCGCUUAAUAAAUGGUUGUUGAAUGAA